ACGUCUUAAAAUUGCUAUUAAAAUAAUAACACAAUAUUAUAAAGUCGUACCACAGCCGCCUGUUACCCCGUGUCGACUAAUGUAAAAUACAUACAAUUAUACGAAAUAAUAUUAUGUAAACACAUUUUGCAUGUCCGACGGUAGUGCCACAUCAGACUUGCGUCGCGUUACUGUACAACGGAGCUGACCGCCGCCGACUACGGGUUUGCUUCACGGAAUUCCUCGCAACCGUAGCCAUGGCCGUAAACUUGGACAUACAACUGAAGCGGUCGAACAAGGUGUAUCGCGAAGGCGACACGAUCGCCGGGGUGGUGGCCAUCGACACGCCGACGGACGUCAAACACGAAGGCGUCUUCAUGACCAUCGAAGGCACGGUCGACUUACAGAUCAGCACGCAGAACGUAGGCGCUUUUGAUGCUUUCUACAAUUCUGUCAAGCCGGUGCAGUUGAUGAUGUGCUCGUUAGAAAUAGCCCGCGCCGGCCGCUUUCCGAGUGGUAUCACCGAAAUACCGUUUGAAGCGCCAGUCACGCCACUCCUGAACAAAGUGCUGUACGAGUCUUAUCAUGGUGUGUUCAUUAAUGUCCAGUACCUGCUAAAGGCCGUCAUCAAGAGGAAUUUCCUGAACAAGGACAUUCACAAAACGCUAGAGUUUGUCGUCGAAAAUAAUCCAUGCUUAAAUAUGCUGUCGUCUAAAGUGGACAAAUUUGUGAUAAAUCAAAAUACUUUGGCAAAUGUAAAUGAUAGUUCCAACAUACCAAAGUUUCAUAUUGUUGGUUCGAUCGAUUCGGUUAUCUGUUCAAUUAUGCAGCCAUUUACUGGAGAAAUGAAAAUUGAACAUUCUGAUAUCCCCAUUAAAUCAAUAGAUGUACAAUUGGUGCGCGUUGAGACCUGUGGUUGUGCAGAAGGUUUUUCAAAAGAUGCCACUGAAAUUCAAAAUAUUCAAGUUGCUGAAGGAAAUGUAUCAACGGGUAUCUCAAUUCCAAUUUACAUGAUAUUUCCAAGGUUAUUUUCUUGUUCCACCACGAAAACAACAAAUUUUAAAAUAGAGUUUGAAGUCAAUGUUUCUGUUAUUUUUGUAGACGAUCACUUGGUGACUGAAAAUUUUCCAAUCACUCUCUUUCGAUGAACUAUAAAUUGUUACUUGUUAAUACAGUUUUUUGAAAAUAAAAUUUUAAAUGUAUGUUACAAACACAUUUUUAUAUAAAUACAAACAAUAGCUUGCAGGUAUAGAUUGUAUAACCCAUUCACUUGAGUAACAUCACAGAUAAUGGGUUCAUAAAUUCACUAUAACCAUUCUUACAAUACUAUAUGAAAAUAACAGAUUUAUAGUCAUCAAAUUGAAAUAAUAUUAAGUUAUAAGUACGGAUUUUUAUGGCAAUUUGAUCAGUUAAAAACUAACUUUAUUAGUUAUAAAUGUGAUUCAUAUAAUAGAAUAAAUAUACACAAUUUUAA